AAUACCUCUCUCUCUCUCUCUCUCAAGAGUCACCAUGGCAUAGAAAGAAGCUCUCAUUCUUUUUUUCUCUUUCUCCAACUUUUUUCUAAUUCCAAAAAGUUUAAUCUUCUGGAAAAAAGAACAGAAAAAAGAAGAGAAAUAAAGAAUAGAAUGUCGAUCUGAGCCUAUUCAGUCUUGACGAAUUAAAAAAGAAAAAAGAAGCAGGAACUCACAGAGAGACAGAGGCAGAAACAGAGAGAGCAGAGAGAGAUGGGUGGGGUGACGUCGUCCAUGGCGGCCAAGUUCGCCUUCUUCCCGCCGAACCCACCGUCGUAUAAGCUGGUCAAGGACGAGCUCACGGGCCUCUUGCUUCUCAGCCCCUUUCCUCACCGCGAAAACGUCGAGGUUCUCAAACUGCCGACUCGCCGGGGCACCGAGAUCGUCGCCAUCUACAUUCGGCACCCCAUGGCCACCUCUACUCUGCUCUACUCUCACGGCAACGCCGCCGAUCUGGGCCAGAUGUACGAGCUCUUCAUUGAACUAAGCAUCCACCUCCGCGUCAAUCUCAUGGGGUAUGACUAUUCCGGAUAUGGGCAAUCAUCUGGAAAGCCUAGUGAGCAGAAUACAUAUGCUGAUAUUGAGGCUGCAUACAAGUGUCUUGAAGAAAGCUAUGGUACUAAGCAGGAAGAUAUCGUCCUUUAUGGGCAAUCUGUUGGCAGUGGCCCCACUUUGGACCUUGCAGCUCGACUGCCUCAGUUAAGAGCUGUUGUUCUGCAUAGUCCCAUACUCUCUGGCUUAAGAGUCAUGUAUCCUGUAAAGCGUUCAUACUGGUUUGACAUUUAUAAGAAUAUUGACAAAAUCCCACUGGUUAAUUGUCCUGUUCUUAUCAUUCAUGGGACUUCGGAUGAAGUUGUUGAUUGCUCUCAUGGUAAGCAACUCUGGGAACUGUGCAAAGAGAAGUAUGAACCACUAUGGCUUAAAGGAGGAAACCACUGUGAUUUGGAGCUCUAUCCUGAGUAUAUCAGGCAUCUCAAGAAGUUUAUAUCAACAGUCGAGAAGUCUCCUUCCCAAAGAUACAGUUCCAGGAGGAGCACAGACCAGUUUGAACAGCCUCGGAAGAGCACUGAUUUUUUUGAAGUUUCAAGAAAGAGCACUGACAGGAGAGAAAAACCAAGGCAGAGCACUGACAGACCUGAAAAACUGAAAAAUCUGUCUACUAAUGUUGAUAAGCUAGAGAAGUUAAGAAUCUCUUUUGAUCACCUGGAAAGGUCCCGGAGAAGUGUGGAUUGCCAUGAGAAGUCUCGAAAAAGCAUUGACCACCAGUUGGAAAGAGCACGCAAGAGUGUUGACCGGCUGGAUAGAAUACGAACUGGGUAAUUUUUCUUAUAACCAGUUGUAUAAUUCAUCUACGGGUUUGGUAUUGUGGGAAAUUUAUUUGGGUUUUCUUUUCCUUUUUCUUUUUUUUUUCUUUUUCUUUUUUCUAUUUCUUUUUAAUUUAUGGUUUUUCAGCUGUGUAGUUUGGCUUAUUGCAGUUCAAAAUAACUAUGGUAUGAAAUGAGAAAGGGUCUGGUGUUACAA